AUGAGCGACGAAAUCUCAAGAUACGGCGGCUGGUACAAGCACUCGAACCCCAACUACGAAGACUUUGAGAUGUGGAACUCGGUCUGCGAAGACGCAGAACCAAAUUGGGGGUAUCGCAACUCCCAAAGAGCAGAGAGAGAAGAACGAGAAAGGGAAGCCAGGGCAACCAACAGAAAAGAACAAGAAAGAAGAGAGGUAGAAGCCAGAAAAAGGAGACAGAGAGAGGAACAAGAGAGGGAGGAGCGGGACGCUACACGAACUGCAGCAAGGAAGGAAGCCGCAAGAAAAGAGCAAGAGAGCAAGGAAAGAAAACAGAAAGAGAAAAAAGAGAAAGAAGCUCAAGAGGAGAUGAAGAAGAAGAAGAAGGCAGAUAUUGCAAACGCAAAACAAGCCAACGAUCUCCUGGAUACUCUAAACCAACUCCUCGCCGAAAUCCGCCACCAGAAAAAUGUCGAGAAGACCAGAUACGAGGAAGAGGAUGCAGUGCUUGGAGCCGAAGAGGACAGAGACUGGACUUCAUCGUACGAGAAGGCCAGAUCUGUAGACGCUGCAAGAUCUCGAUUCCAAGUACUCGCUGAUGCUUUCGGUGUCAAGAAGACCACAUCCGCAAACUACACCGACCACGCUGACCACCGAAAAUCUGUCAACCCAGACCUUGCCUUCGAAUUGAAUCACCUCGAAGACAUCCUGGAAACGAUGGCUGAGAGUCUGAGGGCCGAGCAGACAGAGGAAGUGAGGUCCAAGGGUCAUGAUCAAACUCUCUCGGCUGGUUGGUCUUUGGGUUGUAUCUUGAUGUGA